AUGACGACCAAUCCGUUAAAGAACCAACGACGGCUCGUACUGACCGUGUAUAGAAGUUUGAUGAGAUGGUGUAAGGAAAUUCCACCAGACAUUCCUCUGGAUGAGUUCAUUCCUCCGAUGCGCGGUCGCAUCAUGGACAAUGUCGAGGUUUUUCGAACUGUCUUGCGGGAGAGUUUUCGCGAGGAAUUACCUGCAGGGAUGCCAUUGAGAGAUCGAGUUCAGGGCGGCAUUUCUGGAUUGCGACAAUUAAAUCAAGCGAGACCCGAUAUUGAAGCGUACAGUCGACAAUGGGGCGAGAGCAUUCGAAAAAUGCAAAGGAAGAAAUCGAACACAACCGACAAAAACACUGAUUCAUUGGGUACCGGUACAACAGACAUCAUGGCGGUGGAAUCUGUGUGGGUCCGGGAACAGCUAGAACGAGUGUCUUGGCUGCCAAAGUUGGAAGAUUGCGAUCCCAUGUCACUCCAAGUUGAAGAAAGCACAAAAUUUCCGUUGUUUCCUUUGAACGGACCACUGUUUCACCAGGAUAGCAUUACUGCUUCUGAUCCUGAUUCAACAACCCUCUUGGAAACAAUCCCAUUGCCUUUAUUCACACCCCGACAAGACAUCCCCAUACCAGAAAUGGAAGUGCCCCUGCAAAUUUUUGAACCUCGUUAUCGGCAACUAUACAAUGAUCUGAGCGUUUCAGAAUCUCCACGAAACUUGGUGGUUCCCUUUGCACAUCCUCUCAUUCCAGGCCAAUUUGCCAGCUUUGCUAUGGUAUACAAGUUGACCAAGCUACGAGAAAUUGCAGACGAAACCAAUGGCAGAGUCCAAUUCUUGGCGGACCAUGUAGUCACUCAACCAAUUCACAUUCAGGCCAUUCUAAACCCUCAAGUAUGGGCCACCAAGGAAACCUAUCUGCAAAUUCAAGGACACCUUGUGGAGGACGACUCCACAAACAACAACGGUGCUGAUGUGUAUGAUCCACUGAAGACUGUUUUACAGUCGUGGAAAGAUGACACCUCCCAUCCAUUGGCAACCAAAAGCUUGGCAGCUCUAGACGCGACAUCAAGUGAUGCAGGUAUUUGGGCCUUGGUUCAUGUCUGGAACCUGCAUUUUCAACAAGAGCUGCUUCAGCUGCAGCUGGGAGUAUACACACAAGUGAAACGACAAGCUGCCUUGCGCAGUCAUUUCGAUGGUGGGUAUACUCAACAACAGGUCUCCGAAGCGCAGAAACCUCAUCGACGACGGCUGCUGCAACUUAUGCUGGAUACAUCCCUUUUGGUGCCUACAUUGUUGGCUUUAGAUGAAGAGGGCAAAUGUCAACAUUUGAUGGACAUGGUGCAUCGAGAACGUCGAUUUCUCAAAACUAACUCGUUUUGA